AUGCUGGAGGCCCCGCCCCUGCUGCUGGCCGCUGGCGCCGUCGGCCUGGCCCUGCUCGCACUGCGGUGGCUGGCCCCACCGGACCUGCGGCUCUUCGGCUUGGCCUUUAUCUGCUGGAACGUGUACGUCGUGAACCCCGUCCGCAACCUCCUCAUGGGCAGCAGCAAGGAGCAGCGCAUCCUGCAGCACGUGCUGCAGCACGCGGUGGCCGGGGACCCGGAGAGCGUGGUGGCCGCCAUCGACGGCUACAGCUCGGAGAAGGAGUGGGCCAUGCACGUGGGCGAUAAGAAAGGCCAGAUCGUGGACAGCGUGCUGAGGGAGCAGCGGCCGUCAGUGCUGCUGGAGCUGGGCGCCUACUGCGGCUAUUCGGCAGUGCGAAUGGCCCGUCUGCUGCUGCCUGGCGCCCGGCUGCUCACCAUCGAGCUCAACCCCGAAUAUGCGGCCAUCACCCAGCAGAUGGUGGAGUUUGCAGGCCUGCAGGACAAGGUGACCGUUGUUCUUGGAGCGUCCCAGGACAUCAUCCCCCAGCUGAAGAAGAAAUAUGACGUGGACACUUUGGACAUGGUCUUUAUCGACCACUGGAAGAACCGCUACCUGCCGGACACGCUUCUCCUGGAGGAGUGCGGCCUGCUGCGGAAGGGGACAGUGUUGCUGGCCGACAACGUCAUCCUUCCUGGGGCGCCCGACUUUCUGGAGUAUGUGCGCGGGAGCAGCCGCUUCACGUGCUCACACUUCAGCUCGUACCUGGAGUACUCCAAGGUGGUAGACGGCCUGGAGAAGGUCGUCUACAAGGGCCCGGACGGCCCUGUGCAGGAUCCCCCGCCACGCCCGGCCCUGAAGGGUGAGGCAGCCCCAGCCCUGUAG